CACAGUUUGUCUCUCGGCAGGACCUGCACCAUGAACCAUGACCAGAACUACCCCUUCCCACAGGUGUUCCUUGUGGACAGUGGUGGAGGUCAGCAGCACUCUGCCCAGCCGCCGAGUCUUGUACCCUGCUGGUCCUUCCCGCCUGCCCAGGAGAGGGUGAGGGGCCGUGGGAAGAGCCGGGGCUGCAUGGGAGUCAGCCCCGGCGUGGCCCUGGUCGUGCUGAUGCUCUUCCUGCUUGUGUUCGCGGCCCUGGGCUUUGAAGCCUACCAGAUUCAGAACAUGCAGAAACAGCUGAGAGAGAUGAGAGAGGUAAACCCUGUGACUGAGUAUAACACAGCUCAGAAGCAAAUUGGUCUCUAUGAACCGGAGUUGAAGGAACAAGAAGUAGACAACAGACCCACAGCACACGUGAUGGGGCGGAUUGAAAAAACAGAAUUCCCUAAGACUUUGCGAUGGGAGCCUAAUGCAGGUCGGGCGUUCACAUCCGGAGGAGUGGCAUACCAGCCUAAAGAUGGUGCUCUGCAAGUCAACGAGACCGGACUCUACCACAUUUACUCACGAGUGGAGCUGAUCUUUAAGGACUGCUCUCCUACAUCCUCGUUCGUUCACACAGUGUUUGUGAGGAGAGCGGGACGCCCCUCACCGGUGACCCUGAUGGAGGCCCACAGAGCCGGUUUCUGCGCUCAGCAGCCGGGGCACGCCUGGACCACAGAGAGUUACCUCGGCUCCGCCCUGCAGCUGCAGAAACAAGACAGAGUUUUUGUGAAUUUAUCGCACCCCGUUUAUCUGAGUCAUGCACAUUAUGCCAACUUCUUUGGUCUGUACAAGAUCUGAAGAGCUGGGAGUGACGGCUUUGUGUUUUAGUGUCAUAAUUUUACUCCAAUGAAAGAAUGUAAACUGCUCAGAAUGUCUCAGGCAGGAGUGAAUCUUACUCAUCACUUUACCCAAAUGAUUGCAAUGUUGAAUGUGAUUCUUAUGACUAUAAAAUAAUGUCAUAACUGCACUGAAUAGCAUAACAUAAAAGGGUACAAAACUCAGAGACAAUAUUGCACAGUCUUUAUUGCCAGCUUUAAAAUUGGUGGUGAAAUAAAUUGAAGCAAUUUCCACGCUUGUGCUUAAACAAAUAUUGUGCAUGCUGAGAGAAUCAGUUAACACUAAUGCGCUGGUUUAGUUGUAGCAUCUUAAAAUAUUUAUUUUAAUGUGGGUUUGACACUUAUGUUGUCUAAAUAUGUGCUUAUGAACAUGAAAAAGUGUUAUGAUGGUUGUUUGAAAGUAAAUAAAUUUAAGUUGUUUCUUUUAUUUGGUGAAUGAGGGAGAUGUUUUGUUAAUGUCAUCUGAGAAUGUUUAAUGUUUUAGUAGGUGUUCAUUACUAGGUAGACUAGUAAUCAACACCCACAUGUGUUUUGUUCAUGACCACUGGAAAAUAUUAGAAUAGUAAGACACCAACUCAGAUGUGGCUCUACUCCUGCUAAUGCACUUGAUUUCCAUAUAUUCCACUGAGGUACAGCAGAGGUCUAAAACAGAAGGAGACGCAGUUAAACUCUCCAAGGUAGCUAAAGUAAGGAGAUGAAAAGAAACUUUACCUGGUUAAUUGAAAGUUUAACAUUUCGCUUACAAACCACAGUGCAAUGCUCUGUUGCAGUUUGACACCCUCAUUGCACUGUUCUUUUUCAGUACACCACAGAUACAUAUGCUAGUCAAGUACAAGAAGAAGCGCAGGCUGGGCACAGCUGAGAGGACAGAACCGUGGUGGGUUUGACGUGUGUUUCCUUCCUGUGUGAAUAACUCAAGGGUCUCGCUUCUGUGCAGGCUGAUUUUUGUGAAAGAGUUUGUUUCCU